AUUCGGCGCAUCAGACAAAUCCUUUUGAUUUGAAGACCAGUCAGUCGUUUUGAUGCUCUCGAACACGGCCUGUGACGAGCUAUUCUCCAAACCAAGUUACGCUAGUUUAACAACUUAUCUGGAGCAGGGAACAGCGCAGCGGCAGGAAAAAAUACAAAUGUUACGCUCGUUCGUUACCUGACUGGCGAGGUUGAGUUUACAGAGACAACAUCCACAGGAGAGAGAGGAGAGAGAGAGGAGGAACAUGGAAUGAAGACAAUUACAUUAAACAAAAAACACAAUGUUGGAAUUACCGUGUCUUAAACCAACCGGAGAAGGUGUAGAGCUGUUGUGUUAGCCCGUCUGUCCAACCAACCGCUCCCCCAGGUGUAGAGCUGUUGUGUUAGCCCGUCUGUCCAACCAACCGCUCCACCAGGUGUAGAGCUGUUGUGUUAGCCCGUCUGUCCAACCAACCGCUCCACCAGGUGUAGAGCUGUUGUGUUAGCCCGUCUGUCCAAUCAACCGCUCCACCAGGUGUAGAGCUGUUGUGUUAGCCCGUCUGUCCAACCAACCGCUCCACCAGGUGUAUCAGACCGCUGGGAAUGACUACACCUUCACAACCUCACCAGGAGUGGGCCCUGGAGGACGACGCCCACAUCAAUCACACAGCCAGGAGCUAGGAGCACCUUCCUUCCUUUUAGCUAGGAUAGCCUUUCUUACUUUAGCCAGGAGCACCUUCCUUCCUUUAGCUAGGAGCACCUUCCUUCCUUUAGCUAGGAGCACCUUCCUUCCUUUAGCUAGGAGCACCUUCCUUCCUUUAGCUAGGAGCACCUUCCUUCCUUUAGCCAGGAGCACCUUCCUUCCUUUAGCCAGGAGCACCUUCCUUCCUUUAGCCAGGAGCACCUUCCUUCCUUUAGCCAGGAGCACCUUCCUUCCUUUAGCUAGGAGCACCUUCCUUCCUUUAGCUAGGAGCACCUUCCUUCCUUAGUUAGCUAGUGUGUGUCCAGUCCUAGGUUUAGAUGCAGCUAUGAUGCUGGUGGUGAUUUAGAGAGAGAGAGAGACCCACAGAAGAGGAUGGCUCAUCAGUUCACCUGAUCUCUACCCUCACUGUUGCUAACUUGAUUAGUAGUUAUCAGCCGUAGGCCUCAUAAAGAGUAUAUUCACACUCACACAUUCAGUACUAGUCCUACACUGUGUGGUGACUUGGCUCCCGCCACCUCUCAAUUCCCCUCCACGCCCCCCUGCCGGUCUGGUGGAUGUUUUGGCGGCUCUGAGGACUGCAUGGCAGUGGCGUAAUCGUGGAGAGGCCAGGGUACCACAAACUUAUGGAUUUUGACAAGAGAGGAGGAGGAAAGGGGGAGGCUGAGGAAGGGAAGAGGAUGUCAAAGACGGGAGGGAGCCGGUCGGGGCACGGCAGUCGCAGCUCGGGGAGCAACUCCGGGGUGCUCAUGGUGGGCCCUAACUUCCGGGUCGGGAAGAAGAUCGGCUGUGGGAACUUUGGAGAGCUACGCCUGGGGAAGAACCUGUACACUAAUGAAUAUGUGGCUAUCAAACUGGAGGCCAUCAAGUCCCGGGCCCCACAGCUCCACCUGGAGUACAGGUUCUAUAAACAGCUGGGGAGUUCAGAGGGCGUCCCCCAGGUAUUCUACUUCGGGCCCUGUGGGAAGUAUAAUGCCAUGGUUCUGGAGCUGCUGGGACCCAGUCUGGAAGACCUGUUUGAUCUGUGUGACAGAACCUUCUCCCUCAAGACCGUCCUCAUGAUCGCUAUUCAGCUGAUCACGCGGAUGGAGUUUGUCCACACCAGGAGUCUGAUCUACCGGGACGUGAAGCCAGAGAACUUCCUGGUUGGCCGGCCCGGCAGCAAGCGGCAGCACACCAUCCACAUCAUCGACUUCGGCCUGGCCAAAGAGUACAUCGACCCUGAGACCAAGAAACACAUCCCUUACAGGGAGCACAAGAGCCUGACGGGCACCGCACGUUACAUGAGCGUCAAUACUCACCUGGGCAAAGAACAAAGCAGGAGAGAUGACCUGGAAGCUCUUGGUCACAUGUUCAUGUACUUUCUGCGAGGCAGUCUGCCCUGGCAAGGCCUGAAGGCAGACACUCUGAAGGAGCGCUAUCAGAAGAUAGGUGACACCAAGAGAGCCACGCCCAUCGAGGUGCUAUGUGAGAGCUUCCCAGAAGAGAUGGCCACCUACCUGCGUUAUGUGCGGCACCUGGAUUUCUUUGAGAAGCCGGACUACGACUACUUACGCAAACUCUUCACCGACCUCUUCGAUAGGAACGGCUACGUCUUUGAUUACGAGUACGACUGGGUCGGCAAGCCACUGAGAUUCUUUAAAUGCUGUUUUUCUGUUUCUUUCCUCCUCCACCAUCUCCUCCCUCUACUUCCUCCCUCACCAUCUCCUCCCUCUACUUCCUCCCUCACCAUCUCCUCCUCUACUUCCUCCCUCACCAUCUCCUCCCUCUACUUCCUCCCUCACCAUCUCCUCCUCCACCAUCUCCUCCUUCACCAUCUCCUCCCUCUACUUCCUCCCUCACCAUCUCCUCCCUCUACUUCCUCCCUCACCAUCUCCUCCUCCACCAUCUCCUCCUUCACCAUCUCCUCCCUCUACUUCCUCCCUCACCAUCUCCUCCCUCUACUUCCUCCCUCACCAUCUCCUCCUUCACCAUCUCCUCCUUCACCAUCUCCUCCCUCUACUUCCUCCCUCACCAUCUCCUCCUCCACCAUCUCCUCCUUCACCAUCUCCUCCUUCACCAUCUCCUCCCUCUACUUCCUCCCUCACCAUCUCCUCCUUCACCAUCUCCUCCCUCUACUUCCUCCCUCUACUUCCUCCCUCACCAUCUCCUCCCUCACCAUCUCCCCCCUCACCAUCUCCUCCCUCACCAUCUCCUCCUUCACCAUCUCCUCCUUCACCAUCUCCUCCCUCUACUUCCUCCCUCACCAUCUCCUCCCUCUACUUCCUCCCUCACCAUCUCCUCCCUCACCAUCUCCUUCCUCUACUUCCUCCUCCACCAUCUCCUCCUUUACUAUCUCCUCCUCCACCAUCUCCUCCCUCUACUUCCUCCCUCACCAUCUCCUCCUUCACCAUCUCCUCCCUCACCAUCUCCUCCUUCACCAUCUCCUCCCUCACCAUCUCCUCCUCACCAUCUCCUCCCUCACCAUCUCCUCCCUCUACUUCCUCCCUCACCAUCUCCUCCCUCUACUUCCUCCCACACCAUCUCCUCCCUCACAAUCUCCUCCCUCACCAUCUCCUCCACCACCUCCUCCUCCACCAUCUCCUCCUUUACCAUCUCCUCCCUCUACUUCCUCCCUCACCAUCUCAUCCCUCUACUUUCUCCCUCACCAUCUCCUCCUUCACCAUCUCCUCCCUCUACGUCCUCCCUCACCAUCUCAUCCCUCUACUUUCUCCCUCACCAUCUCCUCCUUCACCAUCUCCUCCCUCUACUUCCUCCUUCACCAUCUCCUCCCUCUACUUCCUCCUUUGCUGUCGUGCCAGUCGCCAGAACCCAAAGGAAGUGAUUCCCAGCCCACUCCAGUGACCAAUAGGGAGCUGCUGGGGUCCCAUCUAACAGCUGAUAGGCUGGGGGGCUCUGUCCAGGUGUUGAGUUCAACCAAUGGGGAGCUGAAUACAGACGACCCGACGGCGGGCCACUCCAAUGCACCCAUCACUGCCCCGGCCGAGGUGGAGGUGGCCGACGACACUAAGUGCUGCUGUUUCUUUACGAGGAGGAAGAGGAAAGGCCUUCAGAGACACUAGUGAAGAAGAGGAAAGGCCUUCAGAGACACUAGUGAAGAAGAGGAAAGGCCUUCAGAGACACUAGUGAAGAAGAGGAAAGGCCUUCAGAAACACUAGUGAAGAAGAGGAAAGGCCUCCAGUGAAGAAGAGGAAAGGCCUUCAGAGACACUAGUGAAGAAGAGGAAAGGCCUUCAGAGACACUAGUGAAGAAGAGGAAAGG